AGGAGAGAGGAAAAAGGGAGCUGCUCAAAGCUCUGCACUUUUCUUUAAUUCAGAUGUGGUGUGUGUCAUGCUACUUUAUGAGCAAGCUUGCACUGCAUCUUUGGCCAGUUGCACUGAGUAAUCCAAACCACAUACAAAAAAUGCAGAUCAACGUAGUGUUUGCCUGUCUGGUGAUAUCAGCAGUCUCUGCUGCUCAGAGUGACUCAACAGUGGCCUGUUAUAUGGAUGCAUCCACGCAGCACAUGCUUUUGUCUGUUGAUCCUUUCUGGUGCACUCAUGUUAUUUACUCCAUUGCUUAUAUUGGUGAAGACUAUGGUUUAAAAACCUUUUCCUUAAAUGUGGACCCUUUUAACUCCAUGCUGAAAAUGCUAAAAGACAGGAAUCCAGCUGUAAAGAUUUUGCUUGGUGUUGGGGUAAAGCAGUCAAGGUUGGAGGUGUUGUGCCAGCAGCAGAUAACUCGUGAUAACUUUAUUAAUUCAACACUGAAAUAUGUGAAGAAGAACAAUUAUGACGGAGUGGAUUUGACAUGGUUAGAGAAUUACACUGAUGCAACUCUCAUGAACACAAAAACUCUCACAAGUUUCAUAAAGGAGCUAAGAGGAUGGAUUGACCAAGCUGCUAACAAUUCAUUACUUGUUUCUGUGUCUCUCCUGGACCAUAGUGAACACAUCAGUAGUCACACGAAAAAUGUAUCACAGUAUGUAGACUUCAUCAGCCUACUUCUAUUGAGCCCUAAUAAUGAAGGGGCACAUAAUGACAGCACAGUGAGUUACUGGCAAGAAAAAGUUGACCCUAAAAAGCUUAUCCAGGCCUUGCCUGCAUUUACAAAACAGAGAAGAAAGAGCAGUAGCCGGUCCAGGUUUCUGGACAUAAAUCCAGAGAGGAAAGUGGAGCAAAUUAAUGGCCCUGCACUGAUUAUAGCAAAACAGGUUUGCCAGGCUAUUAAGAGUGGACAAAAGGAAUUAAAGACUUUAACAAAACUUGAGAGUGUUCAAAGCUAUGGAGAAGAUGUGCCAUGGCUACAUAAAGGGGUCUGUGGUGUUGGGGUUGUCAUGUUAGACAUUGACAACUUUCUCAACUCUAUUUGUUUCAACUGUACCCAAAGUGAAAAAAUGAUUCUUGAAUUAAAUGUGAUUACUGGGCAUCAUCACUGGCAUGGUCAUCAUAAGCAUAGUCAUCACAGGCAUGGUCACCAUGGGCAUUAUCAUCCCGGGAUUGGUCACCAUGGUCGUCAUCAUCAUCAUGAUGAUCAUCAUCAUCAUGAUCAUCAUCAUCAUCAUCAUGGGUAUGGUCACCAUGGGAAUUUGCAUCACAGGCAACAUCAUUACAGACACUAUCAACACAGACUUGGACACCAUGGGCAUGGUCACCAUAGUAAAAGUCAACAUUUUAACGGUCAUCAUGGUUAGAAAGGGCGUUUGCAUCAGGGUCAUUAUUAAAUAUUCAGAUUGAGAGUUUAAAGGCAAGAGCACUUAAUAAUCACUUCUAUUCAAAUAUUGUAAUAUGGCACUACAUAUUUGAUCAAAUAUCACAUGAGUGUAGAAUAUUGCUUAAAUUAGCAUUAAGGUGUUGAAUCAGUGAUGCAUAGCUUGCUUAAACAUUAGUUUUGAUAUCUAUUGCUUUUUCCACAAUAAACUCAUUGAUAAUAAACAAUAACUCAGUGCAUUUAGUUUGCUUAUAUGUAGUCAUCUCAUGAUCUGUAUCAACUGCUUGAAUCUUAAUGUAUUUGAAAAAUCUUUAUGUGCAUGUGCCAUUAAAACAUGAUAAAGCAUA